AUGGGCCGCUCGGCACCUGCGGCCUCUCGGGAGCGGGGACUUGGCAGGGUUAUGACCGGCGGCUGCCGCCCGGGCGCGAUGGGAGGGGGAACGGAGGGUUUUCCCUCGGAAGCUGGGAACUACUGUUUAGCCACAGAAUCGUCAGAUGAGUGUGGAGAAGGUUCCGAGGCAUCCAGCAAGGGAAGCCGGGUGGGCUCCGGGUUCGGCCGGGGUGUGUGUCUGCGAGCGUGGCGAGGCGAGCGCCGCGGCGCCCCGUUCCGAGCGCCGGGGGCUGUGGCGCGCGGACUGGGCCGGGCCCGGCGGGAUUCGCUGCCGGCCGAUUGUCCUGGAAACCUACCUCGCUCCGUGACUCGUCCUCAGAAUUGUCAGAGAGGCGAUAUAUAUCGUCCUCAAGGCACUAUUCCCACAGAAAUGAGCAAUUUAAAAAAUCUGAUACUUGUUGUAGAGCAGUGA